AUGCAAACGGAAUCGGAGAACAAAACUUGGAGUGAUGAUAAGCUCAAGGUUCGGGAUGGAAAACUAAGAAGACCAAGCAACAAUCAUCAUGUGGUCCCUCUGGGCAUUCUUGUUGUGCUUUCUACCAUAUAUCUAAUGAUCGCUGGACUCCAGAUUAACUAUGUAUACUACUUCAAAUCUGGCGUUGAUGCCGUCGAAAUUUCCAAGCAAAAUGAUUCGCAAGAACCAUAUGUUUUUCCACCCGAGGAAAGGAAUUUUGAAGAGCCGCCGUUGUGCCGAAAACUUGAAAUAUUCUCAAUCCAAGAACAGACUUCUCGUCGCUCGUAUAAGAGGCAAAAAUUAAAAAUUUUAAAAAAUGGGAAUGGUCUUGCGACUGGUUCAAGGCCAAGCAAAACUUUGGCGGCACACAGAAAGAGGGAUAUUGCCAAAAAGUCAAAUACUGCAGAACCGAUUAUCUAUUUAUUUGCUUUAGUAUUUAUUUAUCUCUUGCUAAAAGCCGCAUCUGACAUCAAUCAGCAUUACAAAUCGAGCAAGGGGGAUAAGAGAUUGCGUCGUUGUUCCCUGCAAUCCUAUGCACAGAAAGACCAGAGAAGCGCUCACUUGGACCGGCGGGCAUCUAAAGUUGCUCCGCUGCAAAGUAGACAGCACAUUUUUUCAGAAGUCCGCUCGGUAUCUCUGGAUCGGUGUAAACAAGAAAAUGGUACAUCGCACAAGAUACGAAAGCAGAUAUCAAUUGGUGAUCAAUCGAGGACUUAUCAAGCGCCAAACAAAUAUCCUACUGAGUUGCAAAGAGGUCGCCGCUUAUCGGUUCCAAUCAGCAUUAACUAUCAGACCAUAAACAUGUCGCCAAUUGUCCAUCCCGAGCUUGCCCGUCGCGGCUCCGUGAUAAGUCUUGGCAGUCUUGCAGACAUAAACACAUCGAUACCGGGCACGAUUUCGACCUCAACGCCAGAUGCCAAGCGACGAGUUCGCAUGAUAAACCGUCAUUAA